AUGGGGGCCCCGCGCAGGGAACGGCCCCGCUGGCUGGGGACCCUCCUGGCCGCCUGCCUGGCCACCCUGCCGGGCAUCAGCGCCUGUCCCCGGCCCUGCGCCUGCCACGGCUCCGCCGAGCUCCACUGCACCUUCCGCUACUUCACCGCCGUCCCGCCGCGCAUCCCGCCGGGCGCGCAGCGCAUCAACCUGGGCUACAACAGCCUGCGAAAGCUCAGCCCCACGGACUUUGCUGGCCUGGAGAAACUGGAGCUGCUGAUGCUGCACAGCAAUGAGAUCAGCACGAUCCCUGAGAAGGUGUUCAGUGAUUUACGUUCACUGCAGGUCUUAAAAAUGAGUUACAACAAGGUCAGAGUGCUUCAGCAGGAUGUAUUUUAUGGCCUGAACAGCUUGGUACGGCUGCAUAUGGACCACAAUCAAAUUGAAUUUGUGAAUCCCAAUGUUUUUUACGGACUCACCUCCUUGAGGUUGGUCCACCUGGAUGGAAAUUUACUGCAGCAGCUGCAUCCAGACACUUUUGUCACCUUGCGCUAUAGUCAAAUAUUCAGAAUAUCCUUCCUGAAGCACAUCUCUCUGUCUGACAAUGCGCUGACUUCCCUUCCACAAGAGAUGUUUUCCUACAUGUCAGAGCUCGAGAGCAUUUACCUCCACGGAAACCCCUGGUCCUGCGACUGCAGCCUGCAGGGGUUUGCAGGGUGGGCACGGGAGAGACCAGAUGUUAUAAAGUGUAGAAAAGAGAGAAGUUCUGGCGUCCAGCAAUGCCCAAUCUGUGCUAGUCCCAGAAGUCAUAAUGGGAAAAGUUUAGUGGAUAUUCCUUCUGCAUCUUUCACCUGCACUAAGCCAGUCAUCCAUGACUCCCUGAAAUCCAGAAACCUCACGGUGCCCGACGAUGGGGAUUUCAGUUUCGUGUCUCCCGAGGACUUGAUAGCUCCAAUAGGAUCUGUGGUUUUGAAUAUGACUGACCAAGCAGGAAAUCGAGGCAACUUGGUUUGCGAUGUCCAGAGACCUAAAGAAACGUCUCCCAUCUCACUUGACAAAAAUGGCCCCAGCAGAGUGCUCAAAGCCUCCUUCUCAGCGCUGCUGGUGUGUGGCGUCGAUUAUGGGCACAUCCAGCAGCUGUGGGGCAUCCUGGCACUGUACAGCAGCUCUCCUUUGAAACUGCAGCAAACCGUGCAGACAGCUGAGGAGCCUUUCGUUAGCUACAAAUACAAGCAGAUCUACAGUGAGCAAGACGAGCUCUUCACCAGCAUCGAGGCUGAGCUGCGAGCUGAGCCAGCCUGGCUGAUGCAGAGCACGGUGGCCCUGCAGCUGGACAGGACAGCCACCACGCUCAGCACGCUGCACGUGCACUACGCCGCCGAGGCACGCGUCACUUUGCCCAGCGAGGACCACGACCAGGGGAGACACGACUGGGCCAUCAUUUCCAGGGACAACAGCACCCAAACGGAGCACACCGUGCUGGUCGGGGGCAGUGUGGAGCUGGGGUGCCGGGCAGCUGGGCAGCCAGCUCCUGCCGUGGAGUGGGUGCUGGCCGACGGCAGCAAAGUGCGAGCUCCUCACAUCAGCGAGGACGGGAGGAUCAUAGUCCUGAAAAGCGGGGUGCUGACGCUGCGGACGGCUGACGUGUUUGACUCGGGGCUCUAUCACUGCAUCAGCACCAACCACAAGGACGCUGAGGUGCUCACGUUCCGCAUCACGGUGCUGGAUGCUCAGGUGCAGCACGGCGGUGUCAAUGGAGCGCGGCUGUCGGCCGCCCUCGGCAGCACGCUCCACCUCCCCUGCACAUCCACGGCUGCCCCGGACGCUGCCGUCACCUGGGUGCUGCCCGAGCACACAAUUCUCCAUCAGUCUGCUGGAAACAAACAUAUUUUUGCCAAUGGCACCUUGAGGGUACAAGGGGUGACGCAGCGAGACGUGGGCUACUUCCGAUGCGUGGCAGCCAACCGGUACGGCGCUGAUCUUUUGGUUUUCCAAGUGCUGCUGAGACAGGAUGAAACUGCUCUGAAGAAAAAGCACGGAGCUCUGGGAGAGUGGGAAGAAGGCUCUGGCAAUGAGCUGCUGCGCUCUGCUGCAGCACAGAGCCAUCCCUCAGGCAUUGCAGCCACCCUGAGAGCCGGCGGGGAAUCUGCUGCACCAGGCAGCGCGCGUCGGAGGAGCAGCCACGGGAAAACGCCUCACCACGCAGACAGAACAGGCAGGCGCUUCAGGGGACACAGGAGACAGUUUGUUUCCUCAGGCAGGAGAGCUGAUCCACAGCGCUGGGCAGCCUUGCUGGAGAAAACAAAGAGGAACUCGACAGUGACAGGCAAACGGGGAGAAGCUGCAACAGAGCCACCCAUUCAAGUCCAGAAGCUCUCAGAGGUACCUGAGGAUGAGGAGGAGACCUCUGGUGAUCUCGUGUCUCCAGAAGAAGAAUUCAUGAUACCGGCAACAGAGAGAUCCCCAGUGUCUGCUCUGGGAAGACAAAUUCAGGUGAUCCAAGACAUUCCAACCCAUCCACCCCAGCUCCAGCAGCACUACGGAAGACGAAGGAAGAUUUCUGGUUGGAGACGAAUUGUUAGACCAGGAUACAUCCCAGGUGUGAAAGAGCACCGAUACAACUUUGGGAGGCCAGGGUCUGCCAGAGGAAGUACAGCUGUGGCUACAGGUGUUCACCUGAAUAUGAACUAUGUACCAAAUGUACCAACCUUAAACAACUUGAGCAUUUCCAUCAAUCCAUUAAGUCCAGAAACACCCCAGUCUUCCCCCUCCACCAUGGAAAUGCCAUUGGAGCACCCCGUGGCACAGGCCCACAGCAGCCACACAGACAGCAGCAAGCCCGGGCACCUGGAGGAGCACCCCGUCAGCAACGCCCCUGCCUGGCAGUGCGACUGCUCAGAGUCCCCCCGUGGCACUCCAAACCACACCAGGCUCGCAGAGGAGCACCCAGCUGGCCGUGUCACCAGCUGCCAGUCCUGCCCAGAGCCCCACCACGGGUCUCCAAACCUCAGCGUGGCUGGACGAGCCCCCUGGUGCCACGAGUGCCCGACCUGCUGCACCCCGACCGCAGCCCCCCCGAGAGCCUCCUGGCCCCCGCGGGGGCACGGCCAGCCCCAGCCCGGGCCGCCCCCCAGGGGCACGGAGCGGGGGAACGCGCUGCAGGCACCGGGCAUCGCAUCUCCGUGGGGAGGGGACAAGGACAGCCCUGCCACUGCCCGCUCUGAAAGGCGACGAAACCAGGGCACCAGCACCCUGCCCAGCCCCAGCACCUUCGGUUCUGUGAGCACAAGCCGUUUCUCAAAGCCCAGAAUAGUCGGAGGGAAUUUGGCUUCUUUCACUCUGCUGGCGAAUUCUGAUGCUUUUAUUCCUUGUGAAGCUACUGGGAACCCCCCUCCAACAAUCCAGUGGACCAAGAUAUCAUCAGGGCGCGGUGCCGCGGGCCGUGGCCGCUGGUCGGUGCUGCCCAACGGGACGCUGGCCAUCGCCCGGGCGGGCCCGCAGGACGGCGGGCACUACGUGUGCACGGCGGCCAACGCGCACGGCUCGGCUCGGCUGCAGGUGUCGCUGGCCGUGCUGGCGCACCCGCCCCGCAUCGCGGGCGGCCGCGGCCGCCUGCUGACCGCGCACUCGGGGGGCUCCGCGGCGCUGCCCUGCCGGGCCCGGGGCAGCCCCCCGCCCCGCAUCUCCUGGCUGCUGGCCAACGGCACCGAGCUGCGGCACGGCGCGGCGGGCGGCGGCAGGGCGAGCGUGGAGCCCGACGGCACGCUGCUGCUGCGGGAGCUCACCGUGUACGACCGGGGCCUCUACACCUGCCGGGCCAGCAGCCCCGCGGGCACCGACACGCUGCCGCUCAGGCUGCAGGUGGUCGCGGCCCCUCCCAGCAUCCUGGAGGAGAAGAGGCAGAGCGUGGCGGGGGCGGCGGGGCAGAGCCUGAGCCUGCCGUGCACGGCGCAGGGGAAGCCCGAGCCCGCCGUGCGCUGGGUGCUGCCCUCGGGCGCGGCGCUGCGGCCGCUGCAGCUGCUGCACGGCCGGCUGCUGCUGCUGGCCAACGGCACGCUGCUGCUGGGCAGCGCGGCCCCCUCCGACAGCGGCACCUACGAGUGCAUCGCCACCAGCUCCACGGGCUCCGACAGGAGGGUGGUCAGCCUCGCGGUGCAGCGCACGGAGACGCUCCCGAAAAUUGCCAUCGCCUCUCAGGAGCUGACUCGGCUGAACUUUGGGGAGAGGCUGCUUCUGAACUGUACAGCAAGUGGAGAGCCCAAGCCCAGGAUAAUCUGGAGGUUGCCCUCCAAGGCUGUUGUGGACCAGUGGCACAGAAUGGGAAGUCGGAUCCAUGUCUAUCCCAACGGGUCCUUGGCUAUUGAGGCAGUUACUGAAAAGGAUGCAGGUGAUUACCUGUGCGUCGCAAGAAACAGAAUUGGGGAUGAUCUGAUUCUGAUGAAAGUCAGCAUCACAAUGAAACCAGCCAAGAUUGACCACAAACAGCAGUUCAAGAAACUGGUGCCCUAUGGGAAGGAUUUCAGAGUGGACUGCAAGGCCUCAGGGUCACCCAGACCAGAAAUAUCCUGGGGCCUGCCAGACGGGACGGUGGUGAACAACGCGAUGCUGGCGGAUGACAGCGGGCGCCGGGCUCGCAGGUACGUCCUCUUCGACAACGGCACUCUGCACCUCAACAAAGCUGGGGUGGCAGAAGGAGGAGACUACACGUGCUAUGCCCAAAACACUCUGGGGAGGGACGAGAUGAAGAUCCACGUCACGGUCAUCGUGGCAGCCCCUCAAAUAAAGCACAAUUACAAGACACACGUUAGAGUGACAGCUGGAGACACAGCCCUGCUGGACUGCGAGGCUGCUGGAGAGCCCAGGGCACAGAUCUUCUGGUUGCUGCCCUCCAGUGAGAUGAUCUCCUCGUCCACAGACAGGCACUCCCUGCACGCCAACGGCUCGCUCUCCGUCAGCCAGGCCAGCCUGCUGGAUGCUGGGGAGUACCUGUGUGUGGCUCGGAACCCUGGCGGGGACGACAGCAAACUGUACAAGCUGGAUGUGGCUGCCAAACCCCCCAUCAUAAAUGGUUUAUACAGGAACAAAACGAUCAUGAAGGUGACUGCAGUGAGGCACUCCAAGAAACACAUUGACUGCCGGGCAGAAGGGAUACCUCCUCCUCAGAUUAUGUGGAUCAUGCCUGAUAACAUUUUCCUAACAGCCCCAUAUUAUGGGAGCAGGAUUGUGGUGCACAAAAACGGGACGCUUGAGAUUCGGAACAUCAGGCCCUCAGACACGGCGGAUUUUAUCUGUGUGGCACGUAACGAUGGGGGAGAGACCGUGCUGGUGGUGCAGCUGGAAGUCACAGAAAUGCUACGGAGACCAAUGUUCAAAAACCCUUUCAAUGAAAAAAUCAUAGCAAAACCUGGGAAAACGAUCACACUGAACUGUUCUGUGGAUGGAAACCCUCCCCCGGCCAUAAGCUGGAUGCUGCCCAAUGGCACGUGGUUUUCCAGCAGCAUCAGGACAUCCCAGUUUUCCACAGGAAGCAACGGCACCCUGACCAUCUACAGUCCCGAGGCACAGCACGCCGGGCGCUACCGCUGUGCUGCCCGCAACCAGGUUGGCUAUAUCGAAAAGCUGAUGCUCCUGGAGGUUGCCCAGAAGCCCAAGAUCCUCACCCGGCCUGCAGGGCUGGUGAAGGGGGUCAGCGGGGAGCCUUUGUCUCUUCACUGCCUGGCCGAGGGCAGCCCCAAGCCCAGGCUGGCGUGGACGCUGCCGGGGGGCCGCGUGCUGGAGCGGCCGCAGCUCGCCGGGAGGCACGCGCUGCUGGAGAACGGCACCUUGCUCAUCCGGGCAGCCGCGGCCCACGACGCAGGGAACUACCUGUGCAGGGCCCACAACGAUGCUGGAGACUCCUCCCUCACCGUUCCUGUCGUGGUCACAGCCUACGCCCCACGGAUCAUGGGCAGGCCCCCCGCAGCCGUCCGCGCCGUGCCAGGGGCAGCAGUGCAGCUCCUCUGCGUCGCGCUGGGCGUCCCCAAACCAGAAAUUACCUGGGAGUUACCUGACCGCUCCAUACUCUCUACAGCUCGCCAGGGCCGGGGCUCUGGGGGAGAGCUGCUCCACCCCACGGGCACUCUGCUCCUGCAGAACCCCCGACCCUCCAGUUCUGGCACGUACAAGUGCACAGCGAGGAACCCCCUUGGCACUGACACCGCAGUCACCUACGUCCACGUCAUCUGA